UCGUCGUCGUCGUCUCUCCGUUGAUCCGUCGUCGUCGUCUCUUCGUUUAUUUAUCGUCGUCGUCGUUUCUCAAUUGAUCUGUCGUUUCUACGUCUAUUCAUCUCAUUCUCUCUCUCGUGUGUCUGAUUUGAUUAAGGUUUGAAUCAUUUCAUUUUGUUAUACAUUAUCUAGGUUUUGUUAUAUAUUAUUCAUUUGUUGACGAUUUGAAGUUGAUUUUGUAGAACAAUGGAAGUUUUGUGCAUCUGUGGACAAUGGAUCUCAAAAGAAUCUCUCCAGUGGGAGUUUCUUGUUGAUUUGAAGAGGAAUGCAUCAAUCAUUUCCAUAGAAGAAGAUCUACUGUAUGAAGAUUUGAUGAAGAUUGUCUCUGAAGAUUUUAGUGUUAAAGAGGAAGAAAUCAGUUUGAGUUAUGGUUUUUCAUUGGAUAUGAAAUGUAUUAUUGAAAGUUUCCCCCCACUCUCGAUAGGUAAUACUCGUCAGCUCAGAACUUUCAUUUCCAAGACUAGAGCAUUUGAUGGAACCUGUCGUUUGUGUGUUAAGGUUAGUACUGAUCCAGCUAGCUGUAACACUCAAGCUUCUGAUACAGUUGCUUCUACUGUUCCAUUGAAUGCCAAUCCAGCGAUUCUUUCUACUGUGCAGAGUGAAAAACAGAGUCUUCUAUUUGAAGGUGUUUCUACAGUUCCUGUGAAUGCUCUUCCGGAUUUUAGUACUGAUUCAGCUAGCUGUAACAUUCAAGCUUCUGAUACAUUUGCUUCUACUGUUCCAUUGAAUGCCAAUCCAGUGAUUCUUUCUACUGUGCAGAGUGAAAAACAGAGUGUUCUAUAUGAAGGUGUUUCUACAGUUCCUCUGAAUGCUCUUCCGGAUUUUAGCCCUGUCCAUAUUGGACUUUCACCAAACACGAGAGUAGCUGGCGAUAUUAAGGUGAAUAGCUAUUUUAAGACAAAGAGAGAGUUGAUGUUGAGGAUGAAGAAAUGGGCUUUAGAGUGGAAGUUUGAGUACAAGACUGUCUCUUCUAACAAGUCAAGAGUGCUUUUGAGUUGUGUUGAUGAAAAUUGCACGUGGAGGAUGCGUGCUAUCAAGCUACCUGUUUCAGAUUUUUUCGUUGUUAAAAAGUAUGUUCAUGAGCAUACAUGCGAUACAACACACAGGAAAGCCAACCACAGACAAGCAUCUGCAAAGUUGUUGGGUUCUUUGAUUUCCAGCAAUUAUGGAGAAAAAAAGGAAGGUCUCAAACCGAAACAGAUCAUUGAACAGGUCAGGAUGCUGCAUGGUGUUCACAUCAAUUACAAACAAGCUUGGAGAGUGAGAGAAGAAGCUCAGAUUUUGGUUAGAGGGACUCCUGAAGACAGCUAUUACAAUUUGUCUAGGUGGUUGUAUAAAAUCACAGAAACAAACCCUGGUUCCUUGACUUAUCAACAUGUUGAUGCUGCAGGAAAGUUCAAGUAUGCAUUUGUGGCUUUUGGUCCAUCGAUAAGGGGAUUUUCAUUGAUGAGGAGAGUUAUUGCAGUAGAUGGUACAUUUCUGAAGGGAAAAUUCAAUGGGACUUUAUUGGCAGCUUGUGCUCAAGAUGGGAAUUAUCAUCUAUAUCCUCUCGCCUUUGCAGUGGUUGACGCAGAAAACGGCGCCUCUUGGAAAUGGUUCUUUAGAGGUUUGAGCCAGAAGAUCCCGGACGCUUCGGAUCUUGUUUUUGUAUCAGACAGGGCUAACUCCAUUUCUUCAGCGUUGGAGGAUGUAUAUCCCUUAUCUCACCAUGGAAUUUGCAGGAUCCAUCUGCUCCGCAACAUCACUCCUACAUAUGCGAAGACUGGGUUGCUACCUCUGGUGGAAAGCGCUGCUGAUGCCUAUACGUGUCACGAGUUCUGGUUAAUCUUCAAGGACAUAAAGGAUAAAUGUCCUGAAUUGGCUAAGUAUCUGGAAGAGUCUGAUUUUAGGAAGUGGGCACGAAGCUAUGCGCCUGCGAACAGGUAUAAUAUCAUGACUACCAACAUUGCAGAGUCUCUCAAUUCUAUGUUGAAGAUGCCUCGUGAGUUGCCCAUUAUCUCUCUCCUUGAAACUAUCAGAUUGACGAUGACCACUUGGUUUUUUGAGCGACGCGAAGCGGCUGCGAAACAUAAGCACCUGGUUACUCCAAAAGUUGUUCAGAAAUUGGUAUCUAGGUUAGGGGCCGCAAUGUUGUUGAAUGUGUAUCAAGUUGAUCGAAGCGAGUUUGAGGUGAAGAAUGAAACAAUGAAGUUUGUUGUUGACUUGGAGAAGCGGCAUUGCACAUGUAAUGUUUUCGACAUUGACAAGAUCCCCUGCAUCCAUGCCAUCGCUGCUGCUAAGCAUAUCAAGAGAGAUGAAAACCGUUUUGUUGAUGCUUCUCACUUGACAGAAACGUGGGCUAAAGCUUAUGCUGAAAGCAUACAUCCUGGUGGAGAGUUGUCAACGUCCACCUAUCCAGAGAAUAUUGAUGAACUGUCUUGCCCACCUCCAGCUACCAAAAAGAAAAGUGGACGCCCUCCUACAAAGAGAAAGAGAUCCGUUGGCGAGUUUGGGGUUCCUGGAUCUAAAUCUCAGUCCCACAAGUGCAGCAGAUGUGGCACAGGAGGGCACAACAAGAUCACAUGCCAGAGGCCUAUAGGAUGAAGUUCUACAUUUUUACAUUUUUAUCGAUUAUUAUUUGGAUGUUGGCUAUUUGAUGGUUACAUGAUAUGCACAAGACCAUAUACAUUUUUUCUUUUGGAACCCUAUCCUGAAUAAGUAUGAUUUCUUACAACUUUUGUAAUAUACAACAUUAUCUUUUGAUCUCAUUUCAAUUUUUAGUUUAAACUUCUUUGCUAGAAAAAAACACAGUAAUAUUCAACUAUUCUGGAAUCCCAU